AAUGAAAGUCUUGUAGAAUUAUUAACGCAGCUUAAGAAGUAUUGUUGCUGAAUCUCGUUCACCCAAACAGCCAGAUUCUUAAUGAAAGUUAUCAACAAGUCAGAUAUUUCUCAUGGUGACAACUGCCCGAGAGAAGAGAGAAUCUGACACGCUUUUACCUUAACAUUUUGCGAUUAUUUCAGGGUCUGAUAUUGUACGAUGACAUCAUGGGCAACACUUCUAAAGGGAAGAGCAAGGAGCCUGAGAUUUUUGAUCACUUUGAGAAAUGCUUCUCUAUCUUCAAACUGGAGAAGGAGUUGGUAAAUAAUUUGGGAGCUGAGACGCUGAGCCUUUGCGACCCCUUGGCUGGGAACCAGACUCGGGGAGGUGAUCUUACUGCUGCGACUGAGGCCUCUCACCAGGUUACCAUUGUCGCGACAGGAGACAAAGCCUGGAAGGCCGUGAGAGUGGACCUGGUCGUUGCCCCCUUCAGCCAAUACGCUUAUGCGUUGUUAGGAUGGACAGGUUCACGGCUCUUCGAACGAGACCUGCGCAGAUAUGCCAAGCACGUAAAGAACAUGAGUCUCAGCAGCCAUUCUUUGUUUGACAAUGAGCAGAAUAUAUAUUUGCCAGCUACCACAGAAGAAGAAAUCUUUGCACAUUUCGGAUUGGAGUACAUUCCACCACAGGAGAGGAAUGCUUGAUCAGCUGAGUUCACACUGUAGAAACACGCAGAGCACCUGAAUGAAAGGCCUUGGACAAAGAUAUUUAUUGCACUGUUAUCAUCACUUUAAACUGGGUAAAAGCUGGACAUUC